CUCAGGCCUCCUCCCGUCCCUAUCCUGCAUCCAUCUGUCUGUCUGACUGGGUGUCCCUUAGUAGUGAGUCAUGAAGUGGUCUCUGUGGAGCCUGCUGCUGCUGUGCCUGUGUACCCCAGGACGGAGUGACUGCCAGGGGGACUGCCUGGCCUGUGGCCUCCUACUAUCCAACCCCCAGAGCCAGAGCCAGCAGCAAGCGUUCAAUACACUGGUGUGUCUGUUGGAGUGUGACGGUCACGUCUCCCCUGCCCUCACCUGGGAUCUGUGUCAGCGAGCCAUGCUACCGCACUACCCCCUCCCACCAGACGACGGCGCUGUGUCUAAGAGACCAGAGGAAAAACUGUCCUUAAACCUUGCCCCUGUUGACCUGGAGUCAGAUGGAAAUAUGCUCUAUUCUGCAGCCAUGGAGCGCUACCAGCAGGAUGGAGCGAAACAGGAAGACGAGGCCCUGGUGCGACGUGAUGCCCAGUACGACUCCUCUCCGCUGGGCUUGACCGCCGAGGGAGACACGCUGGCGCUGGGAGACGAGGAGGAGGAGGAUGCCGUGGUCCAGCUGACCAAGCGUUUCGGGGGCUUCCUGAAAGGUCGCCACAGUUACAGGAAGUUGAUUGGCGGCCCGGUGAGGAAGUCGCUGCAGAAACGCCUCGGAGGGUUCAUCGGGAUCAGGAAGUCGGCCAGGAAGUGGAACAACCAGAAGAGGGUGAGCCAGCUCCUCCGGCAGUACCUGGGGAUGACCAGCAGCAGCACCCCUGGUCGCGGUGUUGGGAGGUUCACUAACCCAGCCCAGGGCCUCAGGAGGCUAUCCAACCGGCUGUAGCCUUCCCCUCAUCCCCUGGGGCCUCUCUGUUCUU